AUGACAUCCUCCAACACCCUUCUACAACCAAUAGCUGUUAUAGGUAUAGCAUGUGAAUUCGCAGGUGAUAUUCAUUCUGCAAAUGAUUUAUCGUAUACAUUAAAAGAAAGUCAAGAUGUUGGUAGCGCAACAACAAUUGAUCGAUUUGAUCUUAAAUCAUUUACUCCUCAUAUGCUUAAUAUGGAUAACAAUGGACAACUUCAUCAAAAACUUCUUCCUGCUGAUGCUGAACCAGCCAAUAUUGAUCCAUGUCAUAGAUCACUUAUAUUAAAAUUUGUUGAUUUACUUGAUGGUGCUGAAUAUAGUGUUGGAAAAAUGUCAGAAAGUUUUCUACAACAUUCAUUUAUUGGUGCACAAUCACCUGGUGGAAGAAGUCGAUCAUUUAGUGUUGAUGCUAAUAGUUAUGCUAAAGACGAUGGUCUUGGUCUUUUAUUAUUAAAACAAUUAAGUGAUGCUGAACGUGAUGGCGAUCCAAUUGAAGCUAAUUGUUUAGAUCGAUUCUUUAAUCGAUCAAAUCUUGAUCCACCAUUAUUAUUAGAUUUAAUUAAGAGUAAUUUAGGACAUACAGAAGGUGCAGCUGGUGUUAUAUCACUUAUUAAAGUUGCUAUGUGUAUGUAUCAUCGUGGUAAUACAACAAAUAUGCAAUUUACUUCACUUAAUCCAAAAACAGAUGCACAAAAAUAUAAUCUACAUAUUCUUCAAACUUUUGCACCAUUUCCAACUCUUCCAAAUAAUGAAAAAAUAGCUAUUGGUAUUAAUUCAUUCGAAACGGUUGGUUCAACGACACAUUCUAUCAUCGAAGAAUAUCAACCAAUAAAUAAAACAUCAAUUGAAAAUGGUCAUAUCGAUGAUGGAAAUCAUAUUAAAAGCAAACAAUAUUUUAUUUUUAUUUUUUCAAAUCAUAAUGAUGAUCAAGCUUUUCUUCAACGUAUAUCUCAACAACUUCUUCUUAAAAGAACUAUCAGUUAUCAACAUUCAGCAAUCUUUGUUCUUCUUAAUCGUCAACAAUCACAAGAACAAAUUAAUGUUUUUCUUACUGAACAAGCAUCACCAGGCCUUUCAAUCAUAUCACGUCCAACAAAAUCAUUAGCACAGAAAAUAUGCUUUGUUUUCAGUGGACAAAGUAGAUAA